AUGGCUGAAUUCACAGAAAAUUUUCAAAAUAUUAUUAGACCCUCUUUUCCUUUUCUUGAUUCUGAUCAAAGCAUGGAACUUUUGAAUCAGUUCAUGGAGAAUUCUAACAUGAACAUGAUGCAGAAUUUGAUGCCUUUUUCUUGUGACAACAUCUUGGAACAUCAUCAACAAUAUCAUCAACAAGAACAAGAACAUGUGUUUCCGAGAAACUUGGAAGAGAAUUUUCAUGGUCUUGUUCAUCAUCAUCAUGUUAAUAAUCACAACAAUGCAGUUCAAGUUUCACUUCAAAAUUUUCAACAAGAAAAUAAAGUUAGUGAUGGUAAAAAGAGGAAGAUGAUGGAUUUUCAAGAGACUAGUUCUGCAAAUUCAACUCCUGCAGUUUCUGAAAGUGGAAGCAAAACCAAACUUAGUGGUGGAAGAGGAAAAAAAAUGAAAAGCUAUGAAACAGAAGAAGAAAAAGCAAAGGAAGUUGUUCAUGUUAGAGCAAGAAGAGGUCAAGCUACUGAUAGUCACAGUUUAGCAGAAAGGGUUAGAAGAGGGAAAAUCAAUGAGAAAUUGAGAUGCUUGCAGAAUAUUGUUCCAGGAUGUUACAAGACUAUGGGAAUGGCAGUAAUGUUGGAUGAAAUCAUAAACUAUGUUCAAUCAUUACAGCAUCAAGUAGAGUUUCUUUCAUUGAAACUUACUGCAGCUAGUACUUAUUAUGACUUCAAUUCAGAAGCAGAUGAUUUAGAAACAAUGCAGAGAGCAAGAGCAUCUGAGGCAAAGGAAUUAGCAAUGUAUAAGAGAGAAGGAUAUGGUGGAAUUUCAUGCUUUCAACCAACUUGGCCACUUUGA